AUGGGUCGGCUCGACCGGAGUGAUACCACGGCCUCACAGAAAACCGGCGUGAAACAACCACAGCGUUGUGUUUCGCCGUCGCGAUCCAGAACACCAAUCAAUGAGGCGGGAGCAAGAUGGUGGGAAGUAUACGGCAACCAAGAUCAACAAACAGAAUGCUACGUACAGAACGAAGCAAAAGAUACAGUUGACAAUAACAGUAGUAAAAAUGCCGAUGACAGCAAUUCAUUCAAUACCAAUAAUUUAAAACUACAAAGAGCAUUAACUUCAAAACUCUAUUCCAACUUUAUUGGUAGAACAGUGACUAAUGUUGAUCCUAAAGGUAAAGUAUUGAAAAAAUGGAGGGAAGACCAAGCGAAAGCAACGUACGAACAAGCUAGGCAAGCAGUUAUUAAUUCACUGAAAGAAAAAUUCGGAGGUCCACCACAAGAAGGCAAUAUACCCUCUGUGCUGAAUGACAAUAAAGGGGAUAAUACUAUAGCAAUACCCGCGAUUAUAAUAACUGGAGACAAUGUCGAAGAAACAUCAAAUUCGAAUGUAAAUCGUGACACUGAGGGUUGGAAGGAAAUUGAUUCCAGUAUUGUGAAAGAUAAGGUUGAAAUUUGGAAUGCAAGAGCUGAGGAUGUCAGUCACGCGAGGAGGCUUCAGAUGGGGCCAGGUGGUGAGCUGGCACAGUGGAGGCUUGUUCCUCGUGGCAGUAGGGCGGCGGGCGCGGAGGGCGGACUACGCGGGCUUACGAGGAUCGACAUGCCGCAACGCUGGCUGAGCAUCAGCCCUAAUAUGGUCUACGGGCUCCUUAAGGCGCACGAGGAACGCUAUGCGCGGUACGCCCGGGUCUGGUUCUGGAAGGACGGCGAGCUGCGGUUACUGUAA